AUGAUUUCGUCUCCUUAUUUUACGGCAAGUGGAAGACAAACGCGUUCGGCUACAAGAGCGGCCGCAGAUGCUCUGGUAAAGAAAAAGAAACCGGUUAGAAAGCACGUGAAGAUCGAAUACGAGUCCGAAAACCAAGAUGGCGGGAGAGAACAAGCGAGCGAUGAUUUAAAAGAAGAUGUAGCCUCUAAGAAGCGUAAGAAGGAUACUUCUGUAACAAAAAAACAGUCUUCAGACUGGGAACCUGCUAACUGGAGGGAACAACUGGCUAAUAUCCGUGAAAUGAGAAAAUUACGGGACGCACCGGUAGAUUCCCAAGGAUGUGAAAAGACAGCUGAUAUGAACCAGUCAGCUGAGGUGAGUGUUGGGCAGUUUAUGGACUGGGAAUGGAUAAUCGCGAUUAGGGUUGCUACGUGAAAGGGAUAGGAAAAAAGAGGCUUGGCAUGGCCUUUGUUAACCUCCAUUAAUGUUUAUUGAGUCAGAUUCGAUAACAAGUACACUGAGUAGCGAACCGGGGGUGGGGCUAAGCGAUAUAGGUAUGUGCUGCCCCAUCGGGUAGGGUUUUUGCGCCGUUUGGUCUGAAAACGGAUAUACACUUUGCCUGUUUUGGUCUAGAAUCGGGUAUGGUUUUCGAGGGAAGUAUGGGAGUGUAUGAACAUUUUUGUUUCAAUUCCAAAUGAGUAAGAAAGAAAGAGAAAUAUGCAAAUUCCAAAUAGAUUUGAAUAAUUUUUGUGUUUUCGCCCUAAACUAGGUAGUGAUAAUAUAAAGGCCAGGUCUGGAAAUGGUAGACUAUGAGUAGUCCCCCAUUUUUCCUCAGGGAUAGUAGAGCGAGCGAAACACGAGCGCGUGUAAAAAUCAUGCCACGCAAGAGAAAGGCGACACGCGGCUCAUUUUUCUCUUUCCCUGCCACGUGUCGCCUUUUCUUGCGUGGGGUGAGGCAAAAUGGGAGACUACUUGUAGUCUAGGAAACAGGUAUGGAUUAUAGAGGUCUAGUCUGAAAACGGGUGUGGAUAAUAUAAUUAUUACAUUCUUUGGUCUGAAAUCGGGUCAGGAUAGGAAGAACCAGGUGGCACAACCCCACCAAGAAUUCCCAGGAGUACCCCCAUCCCCAGGUAGUGAAUGAUAUCAUAACUGAAUCAGUAGACUCCCUUGGGAUAGAGGGCUGGGUAAUGUGCUUGCCCUUCGACUUGAGCUUAUGACAGACCGAUUCAUGAAAAGGGCCUUCCAAUAAGCUUCCAUGAUGUCACAUAUGAUCGACACGUAAUUAAGAUGAUGCAGCAAAUAUGGACUUCAUAGUUGACUAUUCCCUACAAGGACUGAUGGGAAAGAAAAAUGAUGAUAAUGAAGAAUACUACUUGUAUUUUGUGCCUAAUUUGCAGACCAUUCGUUACCAAGUCCUUAUUUCUCUCAUGCUGUCAAGUCAAACAAAAGACCAAGUCACAUUUGCAGCCAUGGAAAAGUUAAAAGCACAUGGCCUAACAGUAGAGAAUAUUCUUAAAACACCUACAAGUAAAAUAGGGGAGCUGAUUUACCCAGUUGGUUUCUGGAAGGUGAGUGUGAGUGUUGAUUAAAAACUGUACAUACCGAAACAGGCUAACUUAUAACUGAACAACAGGAUUGGUUCAUCUGUUUGGGCUUAUCAUACAAAUGUACUUAUAUUGAUAAUACUCAAAUUUAAUUCUUCCUUAACUAUAAAAAAUGAGCAUAUACAGGGUUGUCAGAAAGUUUUGAAGAAGACUGCUGAGUUGUCAAAGUAAGCAGCCAGUCCAGGGAUAUUUUAUUUAAAAAACAUCAUCUGUAAAGAAAUGCCAAGCACAGUAGCCGGCCGAUUCUAACCAAGUAGGUGGUGAUUUUCGCCGGCAGCCGGCUACUUUUGUCAACCCUGGAUAUAGUUUAUGGUCAUCCAAGACAAGUUCUUUUCCUCUGCUCUCAUUCACAUGACACACUCAAUUCAAAUUUGACUGUGUAUAACUAAAUUUUUUUAUCUAGUAUGAUGAGUUCAGCUGACAUUAUUCUUUUAUUUUCAAUUUCAGAAAAAGGCUGAGUAUAUUAAGGAGGCAACUAAAAUUUGUGCUGAAACGUACAAAGGUGACAUUCCACCCACAGUAAAGGAUCUCACAGCACUGCCAGGGGUGGGUCCCAAGAUGGCACACAUUACCAUGAAUGUAGCGUGGGGGGAGGUGACAGGAAUUGGAGUUGAUACUCACGUCCACAGGAUUGCUAAUAGACUUGGCUGGGUCAAAAAGCCCACCAAACUUCCUGAAGAAACUAGGGUUGCUGUAGAGAGCUGGCUGCCAAGGUAAUGUUAACUGCAGGUUUAGAGGGUACACAAAUUAAAGGUCUUACUAGUUCAAAUCCUAUCAGUGUUCUCCCCAGGUAUUUAAGGCUAGGCGGGCUGCCUGGCUUAAUUAUUCACUGGAAAGUGGUUGCCGCCUGGCUUAAAAUCAAAGAUCUAUCCAAAUGGAUGCUUAUGUUGACAUCUAGAAAAGGUACUUCAGGGACAAAAUCACUCAAUAACGUUGAGGAAACUUUGUCCAUGGUGUUUUUACUUGUGUGUUUUCUUGUAAUUAACUGAUUGUAAAAGUGAUUUACCAUUGGAUGAAUAUGUUUAAACACUCGUUUCACCGAACGGCACUCAUCUUGAAAUUGACCGACAAACAUAAGGGCCCUUCAAGGAGCUUACACGGAGUAAGAACUGAAAUUCCAGCACUCACAGUUUAAAUUAAUAGUAUCACAAUUCACAGUGGAAAACUCAGUCAUCCCAAGAAGAUGCAUGGAACAAAAAAGAAAAGCUUGUCAAAGCAAAUUGAUUUUUUUGACUGUGAAAAAGAAAAGUGAUGGAAGAUGUUCAGUCACCUAAAGCAAUACCAAAUCUUCCAAAAUCGAUCAAUUCCAAACACCGAAAAUCAGAAGAGGACUUUGGUUAUGAGAAGGCAGCUGCCAUUUGGGGCUCAGACAAAAACAGGAGAAUAAACGGGUUACUUACCAUAAACCAAGUGAACAACUAAAAUUCAAUUCCUCAAGUGUGUAUGAAAUUUUAUUCUGGCUACAGCAGGCUUUGUACAAAGACUGUUAAAAAUCUCAGUCAGAAGACCCCCUGGCCUUCCCAAAAUCUUAGGGAGAACACUGCCUAUUACCCACUCCCACCAUAAUUCAUACGUUUUUGGGGAAAUCACCCAUAACUGAGAGAUGUCAGUCUGAAUUAUAUGAAAAGUUUAAGCUUAUCUGCCAAACCAAACCAAUUCCAUGUUUCUGCUCUACCUCAGUACCAACUAGGUAUGGCUUAUGGGUGGUAUGGUUUUUGAAACAUUUAGAUAUGAAAGUUAGCAGAACCUCUUUUUUGGAUGUGUUAUAUCAACUUCUACCUCUUAGUUCUACCAAUUCUAAGGCAGCUGUGAUAGUGAUAGACUUUGCUUUGAGAAAGCCCCUGCCUUUGCAUAUUUUUUUCUGAGCUCAGCUGUUGGGCUUUCAUAGGUAGCCAGCUACUGCAGUAAAGUCAGCCAGCUACACUAAGUUUGAAAAUGAGUCAAACAAUUAAUAUAAGAAGAUUUAUGGGAUAAAUGAGAGUGAGAGACAGACCAGCCUUAAAUGAUAACACUUGCACAGUGAUCUUAAACUUAUUGUAAUAGUGCCAGCACUAGUAUUCUUGGCACACCUGCUAUUCAAAAUUUGACCCCUAAAAGGUUAGCCUGAAUUUCAGCCAUUUACUCAAGUCACAAACUCUUGAGAGAGAUGUAUGAAUAAACCAUCUGCUAUGCUGUCCAGUAAUGUCACCACCCCCUUUCUUUUAAUUCAUGAAAAAUCCGAAAUAUGAUUUUCAAGCAGUAAAUAAGGGAAUGACUAUCACCAGGAUAUUAGAGGCCCUGCUAGCGGGGGGAGUCCCAAGUCGCCCGUCUGAAUUUUAAAACGUCUUGUGUCGGUAUUUAUAAAUGCUUGUCGCUUAUUGUCGGCUUUGCCGUCACUUUCGCAAUUUGGCCGAGGGAGGUUGUCUCUUGGCGCGAUUUCAUUUUACGUGUUGUUGCUACUUUUUGGGCCAUUUCGCUUGUUGGCAUUUUCCCUGGCAGGGCCUCAUAUUAGGUCUGCAGAGUACAGAAUUGUUUUACUUGUAACUCAUGUCAAAAUGUUGGAACAGUCAACUGCAAUUGCAGUAUUCUGGGCAGACCUUUAGUACCAUUAUUUAAAAUUGUGCCUCAAUGCAAGAACAAACAUUGGAAAUCACAGGAAGUUGGAAUAUUUGCUAGCUCGACACAAGCUUGUUAACAGUCACAAAAAUCAGUCACUGAGGCCUAUGAAAUCUACCAAUGAAACUGCCACAAAAUGUCUCUAACUAUACACCAACCACUUUUUAUUUUCAUUUUUCAUCUGUAGGUAUAUUUAACACUGUCUUUUUAGGGAGUUUGACUUGAGAGAACUGAAAUUUAGGACACUGAAAGAUAUGAUGAUGAUCACUCUAACAUUUUUAAGGGAAAUUCUCCCCAAUAGCAGUUGACAGUUUACUCCCACUUCUGACACCUUGGGGCUUUUGUGAUUACUGUGAGUUAAAUGGCUGCAGAUUAAAGGAAACUUUCUCUUCUCUUUUGGCAGGGAGGAAUGGGAUGAAUUGAAUGUACUGUUGGUUGGAUUUGGUCAACAAACAUGUCUUCCUGUAGGACCACAGUGUGAAUCAUGUCUUAACUGCAAAAUAUGCCCAGAAGGACGCAGAGUUACUAGAGGGAAACCCAGCAAAACUAAGUAA